GUGUUUUAACUAUGUGUUGUGUACUGUGUAGGGCCUGUAUUUGUGGGGACCUUAAAAUGGGGAAUGUUUUAGUUGUGUUGCAUUCUGAUACUUAAACGACAGUGGUUUGUCUUCCCCUACCUCAACCUCAUAAAGCUCUCGGUUGGCUAACACGCAGCACACAAAAACGUGUUUUGCAAGAUCCAUGCAAAUAGGUCGCAUUGCGGAAGUACAAUGAGGUCAAAAACAUUUUGCAAUGUCUUUAAUAAAGAACUCUGGCCAGGCCCACUUGCCCCAAUUGUUCCCUAAAUCCUGUUUCAAAACGCUUGUGUUUAAACGUAUCUGAGUCUGUCUAGCUCUAUUGCUGGAGCACGCCAUUAACUCUGGACAUUUGCAUCGACGGUCUUGGUUUCAGAACAGUUGCCACCUUUAAAAAGACAAUGGACGAUGGGGGCGAGACUGCUGAGGAUGCUGCCCAGGAAGACUUCCAGUACAAGCUGAAGGGCUUUAUCGACAGCACGGUCGAUAAGAGUGCAAAGACCAGACAGGGUGCUCUGGACGGCCUGAGGACCGCCAUGGCGACCCGCAUCCUGUACGAGUUCAUCUCGGAGAGGAGGAUGACCAUCACGGACAGCAUCGAGCGCUGUCUCAAGAAAGGUAAGGGUGAGGAGCAGAGUGCCGCAGCGUCCCUGGCCUGCCUGCUGUGCAUCCAGCUGGGCUCGGGCAUCGAAAGCGAGGAGGUGCUGAAGACCCUGAAGCCCCUCUUCAUGAGCAUCCUGGCGGACACGUCGGCCAACGUCCAGGCCAGACAGGCGGUUGCCAAAACGUUGGGCCUGUGUACUCUGGUGGCUGAAGACGACAUCUUGGACGUGCACGCCACCAUGGAGAGCUUUGAGCGCCUGUUCGUCCACUCGUACGCCCGCGGCGACGGCAGCCGACCGGCCAUCGGCCCCCAGGUCAGCGCUCUGCACACCAACGCCCUGCUGUCCUGGGCCCUGCUGCUGACCAUCUGCACCGCCAGCCAGAUCCGCGAGGUCCUGCGCAAGCAUCUGCCCAGGCUGCCCUCGUUGCUGGAGAGCGAGCACGUGAGCAUGCGCAUCGCGGCGGGAGAGACCAUCUCGCUGCUGUUUGAGCUGGCCCGCGACAUGGACGCGGAGUUUGAGUUUGAGGACGGCGAGGUCCUGUGUGACAAGCUGAGCGCGCUGGCGACCGACUGCAACAAGCACCGCACCAAGGUGGAUAAACGCAAGCAGCGCUCCGUGUUCAGGGACGUUCUGAGGGCCGUUGAGGAGGGGGACUUCCAGUCAGAGAGCAUCCGCUUUGGGACUGAGCGCAUGAUCGUCGACAGCUGGAGCAGGAAGCGCAUGUACGACGCCUUCCGGGAGUUUGUGGGGGCCGGGAUGAACUACCACCUGCAGGCCAACGAGUUCAUCCGAGACGUGUUUGAACUGGGGCCCCCUAUGCUGGUAGACUCGGCCACGCUGAAGGCCAUGAAGAUCUCACGCCUCGAACGGCAUCUGUACAACUCUGCUGCGUUCAAGGCCAGGACCAAAGCCAGGAACAAGUUCAGAGAUAAGAGGGUAGACGUCGGUGAAUUCUAGUUUAAUGUUGGGUGUUCUUUCCUAAUACUGGUUUUGGGAGCCCUCUCAAACUAUCUGUCUGUUUUUCACUUGCAUUUCCAUCUAUUCCAGACUAUCAAAUAGCAAGGCCAUUUAUUGAUCCAUACUUCUGGUCAUCGGUGCUGUGCGUGUAUAUAAUAACUACUUUCCUCUUUAUAUUUGUUUUCUUUUGAACGUGUGUUAACCUGUUGUGUUGUACCGUGUAACGCUCCUAAAUUAAUUUCCUUUCCGUAGAUUUGGGACCUAAUAACAUAAAAUGUCAAGUGUGUUGGUAAGGGGAGAGGAAGCACCUUGCUAACUAUUGUAUACAAACAAUGAAAUAAUGUGUCACGCUAAAGUAGCAUGAAUAAACAUGAACUGGUAAAUCCGUUAA